GAGACCUGCAGCGGGGAGGGCCGGGGAAACAUGGCGGACCACAACAAGACAGACAGCGCAGAGAAGUUCUUCAGUGAAAUAUUAAGUCCGUCGGAGCUGUUCGCGGCCCGAUCCCGGAGCCACAAGAUCCCAGUCAGAGGACAGAAGGAUUUCUUCCCCGACGACUCGGACGAGCAGAGACGGCGACUCGAGCAGAGUCUGAAGGAGCACUGGAGCCUCGUCUCAGAGGAGAGAGUGGAGAAGCUGGGAAACUUGGUGAAGGCCGUUUGGGUUCCCAGUGAGCAGAUAGUGGAGCUCCAGUCUCCAGCUGGAAAGUUCUGGCAGACGAUGGGCUUUUCUGCUGACGGCAAGCAGCAUCUCCUCCCUGAAGAGGCUCUGUACCUGCUGGAGUGUGGCAACCUGCAGGUGUUUUACCGGGACCUGCCGCUGUCCAUCCAGGACGGCUAUGAGCGGUUUCUGUCCUCCAGCAGCGUCAGCCUGCAGCAGUAUCAGGUGUUUGCACAUUUGAAGAGGCUCGGCUACGUGGUGCACAGGUUCGAUCCCAGUACGGAGCCGUCGUCCUACUCGAGGCAGCUCAACCUCCCGCAGUCACAGAGAGACAGAGCAGGGAGACAGGUGAAGAGGAAGCGCAGCGCCAGCCCCACCGCCACAUCCAGUCACUCUGACGUUUCCCCGGCUGACAGAACGGAGGAGGAUAAAAAACAACUGACGUCGUCUCCGGGGACUUCAGGGACCGUCGCUGCAGGUUCAGCAGACGGAGGCGGGGGCAGGACCUGGUGGAUGACGGACCCUGUCUGGGGCCGAUCGGAUCACCGACCCGCCUCCGGUCGCUCGCGCUGGCAAUUCAGCUCCAUCUCGUUCCCCGACCUGGGCUCCAGCGAGGGCCUCUCCGGCUGCCUGUUCCCUCCGGACCCCUCUCUGCUCCCUGAGGGUCUGACUGUGGGGGUCUGCGACGUCGCCCCCUGGAGGCAGAGGAUAAACCUGCGGAAGGUGAAGAUGUCCCCGAAGGAGCAGAAGAGGGAAGAGGACGAGCGGCGGCACCGGUGGGACGUCAACAAAGACAGAGAGGUUCGUCGGUGCAGAAACUGGGCCGAGUACCACGAGCUCCUGGCGAGGCGGCAGGAGAAGCGUAAAGGCCGACCGGCACACUUGUGGAAAAGGGAAGUCACGCCUUUACAUGACCCAACACGACCGAUCCCCACUGGGGAACUGUUGGACAAAAUCAGUGUGAUUAAAUCUACACAUCUGCUGGAGGGAGCGUCCAGGUUAAACGGCUCAGACGAGUGGAGGAUUUGUUUCAAUGUUUACCAACCGGAUUCAGUGGCUGACUUCAGGAAGAGCAACCCGGGGAAACCUUACGCCCGCAUGUGUGUGUGCAGUUUCGACGGCCCUGUUCCCGACCUGCGAGCUAUGAAGCUGCUGACCUUCCAGAGCGGAGACGUCCCGGUGGUCUUCGCCGUCGUGGACUACGGAGACAUCUCCUUCUACACCUUCAAAGACUUCCAGCUGCCCACUGAUGUGUUCCCCUAAACCUCUCUGUACCAACGCGUAUCCAGGACCUUUAAAAGAAUCUGUUGGGUUGGCGGGACGUAGAAAAAUAAAAUAUAUAAGCAGUCGUUGAUGUUACAGAUGGAAUAAAAAAUCCUGAAAAAGUUCUUUUGUGUGCCAAAGAUUCAACUCCUGAUUCAGAUCUGUGGUUUUCAGGCUGCGGAGCUUUUAGAGAGACGAGAUAUUUUCUCUAUUUAACAAACAGACCGAUCACAGUGACGUAUUCCAACUAUUCAACCGACUUUAAAGACUGGUUAUUGUUUAUUUUCUACAGCAACAACAAGAAGAUAUGUUUAUUUAUAGGUUUAUUUAUUCCCAGUGGGAAAUAAAUGUUUGCAACAACACCUAUGAUACAAGAAAUCUAAUGUUCAUAACGUCCUGGAAAACCUUAGAAAACUGUCAAAUUAGACUUGUUUCCAGUGAAACGCCUGGAAAUUAGUUAAAUUAUCGGCUGAUGGUGGAAAAAUUAAUAUUAUUACCAAUCUGGAUUAUUAAAUUACAGCCGACCAGUUGAUGGAAAAACAAUCUGAGAGUCAGAACUGUUUGUUUGUUGUUGUUAACAAUAAUUUGGUUAAAUCAGAGUUCUGGAAUAUUAAUAUUAAAUAGAUAAAAAAGUUGUGACAUUAUCAGUUAUCAGGAAAUAAUCUAUGUUGUCCUGGAAAAUACAAAGUGUGUUUCAGCCCCUCACUCAGAUUAUUUAAACCUGGGUAUUAUUUUAUUUGAAAUAUUGGAUUAUUGGUAGGAUAAACUGACACUUCACUCAACGUGCAGCAAACUUUGGGCUUCAAAUCUGUUUUGUAAAAGCAGACGGUUACAUCUACUUUAGUGUUUCUGGUUGAUUAAUUAAUACACACUGAUGAUGUUUGUAUGUGUAAAUGUUUCUCUUUCUAUUAUUUCUGUAAAAUAAAAUACAUUCUCCUUGA